UUUCUCCAUUUCUCAUGCAUUCAUUUUUUCCUCUCUUCUUCUCAUCUCUACCUCAUUUCACUCCAUUCCUCUUCUUCUUCAUAGUUUUCAACCCUAUUCGCUUUUAUUUCUCACUAUAUCAUGUCAUCUAUGCAGUCUUCCUCCUUAUUUGACGUUAAGGAUAAGGUCGUCCUUGUCACUGGUGGCAGCCGAGGGAUCGGCUUGAUGAUCGCCCACGGUUUUAUCGUCAAUGGUGCUAAAGUCUAUAUCUCCUCACGUUCUGCUGGUGUUUGUGACAAGGUUGCAGACGAAUUGACAAAGCUGGGGCCCGGCAAAUGCAUCUCUCUCCCUGCAGACCUUCAAAGUAUGGAUGAGGUCAAGAGAUUAGUUGCAGAGAUUUCAAAGCGAGAGUCAAAGGUCCAUGUCUUGGUGAAUAAUGCUGGUGCGACGUGGGGUGCUCCUAUUGAGUCCUACCCUGAUGAAGCGUUUGAGAAAGUUAUGAAUCUCAACCUGAAGCGUGUCUUCUCCUUGACACAGGCAAUGUUACCUCUCUUGGACGCUGCAGCCACAGAAAAGACUCCUGCUUCGAUCAUCAACAUUGGAUCUGUUGAUGGCAUCCAUGUACCUACCCUUGAGACAUAUGCCUACUCCGCCUCCAAGGCAGCUUUGCACCAGAUGACACGCGUCUUGGCAGGUCACUUGGGCCACCGCUAUAUUACCUGUAACGCCAUUGCUCCAGGCCCUUUCCAAUCCAAGAUGAUGGCAGCUACCUUAAGAGACUUUGGAGAGACCAUUGUAUCAAACAUCCCUAUGGGUCGCAUUGGUCAGCCUGAGGAUAUUGCUGCCACCUGCAUCUAUCUUGCUUCCAGAGCCGGUGCCUACACUACUGGGGCUAUCAUCCCUGUCGACGGCGGCGCCUUGGUCAAGGCGAAGGCCUAAGAGAUGUUUUCGCAAUACAUACACCUAAUCUAUUUAGUAGUUUGAAAAAGCAACCUAUGUCUGCCUUGUCUAU